AUGGGAAAGUCUGAAGAAGACCAGGCUUUGCCUUCCAAUGUUGCCUCUGAGGCCUCAGCUCAAAAUGCAGAGGCUCACUGUGCUGGUUGCUGUGGUGGGUUUCGGAGAUUCAUUGGCCUCAGAUGCAUCUUGGUUCUCUUACUCUCUGUUGCUUUGUUCCUCUCUGCUAUGUUCUGGUUACCUCCAUUUCUUCAGUUUGCGGAUCAGAGCGAUCUGGAUCUUGAUUCAAAGUUCAAAGAUCAUUAUAUAGUAGCAAGUUUCAAUCUUUGGAAGCCAGUUUCUUUGCUGGAGGAUAAUAUUUUGCAGCUUGAAAAUGACAUUUUUGAUGAGAUUGUCGCUCCAUCAAUUAAGGUCGUAAUCUUAUCUGUGGAAUCCUUAACUGGAUCAAACACAACAACAGUUGUGUUUGGGGUUGAUCCAGAGCCAAAAUCAUCAAAAUUAUUACCCACUUCUCAAAGUUUGAUCAAGUCAUCUUUUGAAUAUCUGGUUACACACCAAUCACUCCGCCUGAAUACAUCGUUGUUUGGGCGCACAUUCCUUUUUGAGGUACUAAAGUUUCCAGGUGGAAUUACCAUAGUUCCUCCACAAAAUGCGUUUCUUCUGCAGAAAGUGCAGAUCCUUUUCAAUUUUACCUUAAACUUCUCCAUCUAUCAAAUACAAUUAAAUUUCAAUGAACUGAAAAGCCAGCUGAAGGCAGGAUUACAUCUAGCACCCUAUGAGAACUUGUAUAUUAGCUUGUCAAACUCAAGAGGUUCAACAGUAGCAGCCCCCACAACUGUUCGGGCAUCUGUGCUUCUGACUGUUGGAAAUACUCCUUCAAUGCAAAGGUUAAAACAACUGUCUCAAACCAUCAGAGGCUCUCAUUCAAGAAACCUGGGCCUGAAUAAUACUGUAUUUGGUAGAGUUAAGCAAGUCCGUUUAUCAUCUAACUACUCCCUUAAUGGUGGUGAUGGCACUGUGCCGUCACCUUCUCCUGCUCCACUGCCCCAUCCGCACCACCAUCACCACCACCAUCACCAUCAUCAUCACCACCAUCAUCAUCACCACCACAACCCCCAUCUGGCUCCCGCAGUUUCACCCUCACCUGCACCCGACAGUGGUCCACCUGCAAGUCAAAAAGGUGGGCCUGCACCUAAGGAUGGUUCACCUGACGCACAGAAAGGUUCUCCACCUAAGAAAAGUUGUGAAGCAAAGCCUCCCAGUUUCCAGUUUGGAUCUAGAGGGAAGACUGGAAAGGAGUCUCAUUUUGCUCCUGCAGUUGCACCAAAUAUGUUUCCUCCUGUCUUUAUUCCCUCCCCACAAAAACAAGUACAGCCAUCAGCACCCAUCUACGGUUCAGUUCCAGUAUCUAGUCCUUUGCCUCAUGUGGUUUUUGCUCAUGUCCAGCCGCCAUCAAAGAGUGAAUCAGAUGCAAGACAUUCUGACACAAUGUCAUCAGCUGAACCAUCACCAUCCACAUUAUUUGUCCAUUCUGGUUCCUACAAUCUCUUUCGUACGACAAGGACUCAAACAACUGUAUCAUUCCAACACGAGCCAGAAGAGUUCUGGAAUGGCGAGCAAUCCAAGAAUGGGUUCACAUCUGAGUGA